AUGAAUUUAAUUGGGAGGUUGUUUUAUGUUGCUCCCGAAUCUGAUGAUAUGUAUUACCUGAGAUGUUUGUUGAAUGUUGUUAAGGGAGCUACAUGCUAUGAGGAUCUUAGAUUUGUUAAUGGUGUUCAACAUGAUACAUUUAGAGAUGCAUGGUUCGUUUUAGGAUUGUUGGAUGACGAUAAGGAGUAUAUUGAUGGAAUUGUUGAGGCUUCUUUUUGGUCAUCUGCCCAUUCAUUGAGAUUGCUAUUUGUAAGUCUGUUGUCAUCGGAAUCUGUAUCUCGACCGGAUGUGAAUACAUUGAUCAGCGAUGAGCUGUCUUAUGAUCGUGAAGCUUUAGGAAGAGAACACUUGGAAUUUCUUUCACAGUUCACUAAUGAGCAACUUCAUGUUCAUGAUACCAUAAUGUCGUCUGUGAAUUCUACUGAAGGAAAAAUAUUUUUCGUUUAUGGUUAUGUAGGUACCGGAAAAACAUUUAUAUGGAGGUCUUUGUCAGCAGGGAUUCGUUCGACAGGAGAUUCUAUGUGCAAUAUAAAACAAGGAAGUGAUCUUGCUGAGCUUAUCAUAAAGUCGAAACUUAUCAUAUGGGAUGAAGCUCCUAUGAUUCACAAACAUUGCAUAGAAGCCGUUGAUAGGACUUUUAGAGAUAUUCUUCGUGUGUAUAGUGAGUCCAGCAUGGACAAACCGUUUGGUGGAAAAACUAUAGUUUUUGGUAGUGAUUUUAGGCAAAUUUUACAUGUUGUUCCUAAAGGGAGUCGGCAAAAUGUUGUGAAUGCCACCAUUAACUCAUCAUAUCUUUGGAGGAGUUGUACAAUGUUGAGGUUGACCAGAAACAUGAGACUUUUGAGUGUCGAAUCUUCUGUUGAAGCUUCUAAGUUGAAGGAAUUUUCAUCAUGGGUUGCUUCUAUAGGUGAUGGAGUUGUUGGUGGUCUGAAUAAUGGUGAAGUCGCAAUUGAUCGUCCCUCUGACAUUGUUUUGUCUAAUGCUGGAGAUCCUCUUAAAACCAUUGUUGAAAACAUAUACCCUUCCUAUAUGGAUCCUGAAGAGUUGAGCAAUUGUUUGCAUGAUCGUGCUAUACUUGCUCCCACGCUUGAUGUUGUUGAUGAGGUUAACCAAUUCAUGAUUUUAAUGGAUAAGUCUCAAGGGCGGGUAUAUUUGAGCUCUGAUAGCAUUUCAAAUUCAGAUUCCACUUCGAAUUGUUCUGCUGAGAUUCAUUAUGUUGAAUUUUUGAAUAAUUUGAAAUGUUCAGGUACCCCUAAUCAUGAAUUUAUGUUGAAAGUUGGAACUCUUGUGAUGUUGUUAAGAAACAUAGAUCAUUCUAAUGGUUUGUGUAAUGGCACCAGAUUGAUAAUUACCCAUUUAGGUGAUUAUGUUUUGGAGGCCCGUGUCUUGGGGGGCAUAAUUUUGGUGAUAAGGUUUUGA